AUGAAUUUUCGGCCUGAGAUGCGGAAAGUAACCCAUGUGCUGCCUCGUGAGGGCACGGGCAAGGCGGCCGGACCUGCCUACGCACCCAUGGGGGUUCCGCCAAUGGUCCCACCCAAGGCCCAUCCUAUGCGACCUGGCUGCGCCGGCUUCACACCAGCUGCGCAUCCUGUGAGCCAUGCCACUCAUCCCACUCAUGCCAGUCAUGCCAGUUCCAGUACUACCCGAAUCCCUGGGGCAACAGCUGGCUUCAAACAUGACCCACGAGGUCGUAGGACCUCGGGUACAGAAGUGCCAAAGGUACCAGCCGCACCAGGUGCACCAGUGGCACCAGCUGCCUCUGAGCAAAGUGCCGAGCAGCCAGCAGCAUCGCCCAGACAAGGCAGCAAAGAGAUGCCAAAGCCACGGGCCACACCGGAGACAAAAGCCAGCGACCGCCAGGUCGUGACCAGGAAGAAAUGGGAGGCCGUGCGUGAACGGGCGCUGACCCUCCUAGCAGCACCGGCCGCAUCACCCAGGAACACUCGCGAAGACGGACCGAAACGACGGCGCCAGGGACGGGGAUCUGAGCGCCCCAAAGGGGGUGGGACGGACGCUGAGGCUGUGCGUGAUCGGGCCCUGACACUUUUGGCAAGCUCCAACUCAGAUAGAAUCAAAGAACGUACCAAGACGUUCAUCCAGAAACACCAUGUGGACAUUUCACUGGAGCCCGAUGAGCUUCCAGGGAUUCCAACUGAUGACUGUGACACCAAGCCAGCUGAACCUGACCCGCAGGAUGACCUUGAUGCCACUCUGGACGCCCCAGCGGCCCCAGCGGCCGCAGCGGCCCCAGAGGCACCAGAGCCAAUGCCCAGCAUCGAGCGGGAGAGUGACCUGCCGGAGGCGUCGCCAGAGGGCGCCACAUUUUCCGAGAAGCCUCCUGUGUCAAAAAAAACCAGUUCCCCAGGCAAGAGCAGUGCACCUUCACCUUUUGCACCACCACCAGGGACACCGUUUGAAACCAGAGAUCCAGUGGAAGAAACACAGCUGGCUCAACUGUCAGCAGGCAUUUUUUGGAUCCUGGGCUGCUUUUUCCAAUGCUUGUUCUUUUCCCUGCGUUUCUGCGUGUGCUGCGCGAAGAGCUCCGCACUGAAUGCGGAGCCCAAGCGCCGUUUCGGUGAUGAGGUGCCAGAGGAAGCCGCGGUGCAUGCAGAAACCACCGAAGCAGUGAGGCCGGUGCUUGAUCACUUUGCAUCACACGUCCCUGCGGCUCUAGCCAUGGCAACACAACCUGACACAGCGGAGACAGGUGGUCAUAGUGCAGCAGCUCGAUCCAGUGUCCCUGCGGCUGCGCGUGACACCGCGGAGACAGGUGAGCAGACUUUGUCCGUGUUGCUGUCCAGUGCGGGGGCCACGCUUAGAGCGGACCUCGAGUUGCAGCUGAUCGGGCGUGCCGCGAAGGGACGGCACAGGCCAGGAGCACAUGGAUCGCAGCACUCAGAACAGAUCUUCGUGCUGCAUGCAGAUAUCUUCAAGAAGUUGCAGCGCAGCACCAGUAGCAGAGGCUUUACAGUAAUCGGCCCUGUGCAUCGGAUCUGCAGCAGUGGCGGAGCCAUCGAGUGCAGCAGCUGGAUCCAUCAAUGCGCUGUUGCUGGCUCCGACAUCGAGCCGCCAGUCACGGUGCUGCACCUUUGCAACCGCGCCUCGCCUGACCAGCAAGGGAUGGACGCCGUCCGCAGUCCUCUUCUGCAGUGGGUGGACAAUACCUGGCCCGGUCCAUGGCUUCCUCAAGAUUACCUCGACACCGGGAGCCAGCUUCGGGCGUAUGGUGGUCGGGAGCUGGGCGUCAUUAAAAUUACGCGGCAGCUUCCGAAGGCACACCUGACAAUCUCUGUCACGAUCGAAGACUGCGUGUUAUGCCUUUGCUUUGCCAAGUUGGAGCCACUUAAAGAAACUUUCCAAUGUCCACAAUGUGGUGGUGUGCGCAAUUGCCGUUCUCGGCAAAGCAAGCUGCGCCGCUUCCGACGGUGUUCCGUCCGUGACGAGUUCCACGAAUGGCCAAGUAAGCGGACUUUGUGCGUGGUCGCGGCCGUGUUCCUUGGACGCGUCGACUGCAAGCGUCGCUGCCGGCUGCUGUUGCGCGCCAAGGUCGCUGAGUGGUCGCCCAUUGGAUUUUGGAGCAGCCCGACAGAUACCGAGAAGCGCAACUUCGUCAGCGUCGCAGCCAUGGGGCCCACGGUGCCCCUGCCCGUGGCCGCGGUGUCCGGCGCCGGCGUCCCGCUGAGGCAUGCCCCUCCGCGGGGUCGAGGAGGGCGUCGUGGCAAGGCGAAGAACAACGAAUUCUACGAUGAGUUGGAAAAGUUGGAAGAUUUCUUUCGACAAGAGGCUGUUUUCAUUGGUGAGGCUGGCAGUGGCAACUGA